AUGUCGAACCCUCCCCAAAAUAACCCCUCUGAAGAGACCCGGGCAUUUCUCGCAAGACAGCCCCCGGGGGCCGUUUUUCAAUGCAUGCUAGACAUCUUCAGAUUUUACGACAUCGGUGAUAGGAUGCCCCGAGGCAAACUCAAUUUCUCAACAUUAACGGAUGAGGAAUACGUGCAUUUUACACGAUUCACUUCCGGUAACAUUCGUACCAUUACUAUCCUUCUUGAAAUGCCAGAGAAAAUCAUAGGCCCUACGGGUCUAGAAUUUACAAGGGAGGAGGCGUUCUUCUUUCUCUGUGCUAGGCUUGCCUGGCCUACGAGAAUGAAAACAUUGGAGUUUACAUUUGGUUAUGAUAUCGUCCUUAUCUCUGAGGCUAUGAACUGGGCGUUGCAGCAUAUCGUGGACCAUUGGGAUUUUCUUCUUGAUGACUUUGAAUCUGGACACCUGAGCGAAGACCGCCUGGCUCUGUUCGCGAGUAAGAUUCAUGCCAAAGGCUCACCUCUCGACAAGUGCUGGGGCUUCAUAGAUUUCACCAUACGAAGAGCUUGCCCACAGGCUGAAUGGGAAAGGGAAGAGUAUCGGAGGAACAUGCAUUUGAAAAACUACAAGUACCAAGCUGUAAAGUCUCCUGAUGGCUUGAUUUAUCAUCUAUUUGGACCAGAGGAUGGAUCACCCCGCACGCUACUGCGUGAAAGUCAUCUACUUGAUCACUGCGAGGAUAAUGCACCAAGCUAUUACAUGUAUGGAAACUCAGACUACUCGAUAACUGAAAACCUCAUCACGGCCUACGGCAGUCUAAACAUCACUGAAGAUCAAAAAAUGUUCAAUAGGGCCAUGAGAUCUUGCCAUGAAUGCGUUGAAUGGGGAUUUGCUGAUGUUCUACGCUUAUGGACGGCUUUGGACUUCAAGACGACUCAGCAGCUGUUUGGGGAUGUCGAUGUUGGGUCACACUACAGGGUAGCUGUUCUUCUCACAAAUUUUCAUAUCUGCUUAUAUGGGUCAAGUACUUCCACAUUUUUUGAUUGUGAUCCUCCAACAUUAGAAGAAUAUUUGGGUUAA